AUGGCCUCCUCCAGGGGGUUUUUCCAACCCAGGGAUCAAACCCAGGCCUCCCGCAUUGCAAGCGGAUUCUUUAUCACCAGCACCACAAGCUCCGGCUGAGGAGGCAGGACUCCCGGCUGUCCUCCUCUUCAAACUGGUUUGAAUCUGCUCUGACCCCGGAGAGUGCUGCACAGUCUGGGAAGAAAGGCAUCAGAAUGGUGAAGCUGAACAGUAACCCCAGUGAGAAGGGAGCCAAACCACCUUCGGUUGAGGACGGCUUCCAGACCGUCCCUCUCAUCACGCCCCUGGAGGUUAAUCACUUACAGCUGCCUGCUCCGGAAAAGGUGAUUGUGAAGACAAGAACAGAAUAUCAGCCUGAACAGAAGAACAAAGGGAAGUUCCGGGUGCCGAAAAUCGCCGAAUUUACGGUCACCAUCCUCGUCAGCCUGGCCCUAGCUUUCCUCGCCUGCAUCGUGUUCCUGGUGGUUUACAAAGCCUUCACUUAUGACCACAGCUGCCCAGAGGGAUUUGUCUACAAGCACAAGCGCUGUAUCCCGGCCUCCCUGGAUGCUUACUACUCAUCCCAGGACCCCAGCUCCAGAAGCCGCUUCUACACUGUCAUCAGCCACUACAGCGUGGCCAAGCAGAGCACCGCCCGGGCCAUCGGGCCGUGGCUGUCUGCGGCUGCCGUCAUCCACGAACCCAAGCCUCCCAAGACCCAGGGCCACUAG